GCCUACGGGGUGCGGGGAGGGUCGGUGUCCCCGGGCCGCCCCGCCCGCGUGGGGCCGUGGAGUGACCCGGCUGGCCCGCCGCCUCCUCCCGGCCGCCAGGGGGCGCCCCGGCCCGCCCAGCCCCGCCCCCGCAGGCGGCGCCUCCUGGCGGCCCGGCGGGCGGCGCUGCCGCAGGGCGCGCGGGGCCGGUGCGGUGGCGGCGCCAUGUCCCGCCGGGGCCCCGCUCCGGAGCCGGGCCCCCCCCGGCGCAGGGCCGCGCAGGCCAUGGGGCAGGCGGAGGCCCAGCAGCUGCAGGAGCUGUGGAGCCGCACCGAGCGGGCCGAGCGGCGGCUGCUGGCCUGCGAGAACCUGGUCGGCGAGCUGGGCAGCAACCUGACGGCCCUGGGCAGCCUCCUGCAGGGCUACGGCCACCUCCAGCAGCGCCUGGACAACGUGGAGAACCUCCUCAGGAACAGGAACUUCUGGAUCCUGCGCCUGCCCCCCGGCUCCCAGGGCGAGAUCCCCAAGGUGCCGAUCACGUUUGACGAUAUCUCCGUGUACUUCAACGAGCAGGAGUGGGAGAGGCUGGACCGCUGGCAGAAGGAUCUGUACAGGGCUGUGAUGAGGGGGAACUACGAGACGCUGAUCUCCCUGGACUACGCCGUGUCCAAGCCUGACAUCCUGGCCCGCAUGGAGAGGGAUGAGGAGCUGUUUGUCCGCGAUGCCCGGAAGGCCCCGCUGACCGGCGCCGCUGACGGUCUGGAGCUCCCGCAGACGCGCGUCGGGGGUGGCCAGCAGCCCCCACGGGCUCCACAAGAGCUGGACCCGAUGGAGGAGGCUCUGGGAGGAGAUAAAGUCCCCGUGGAAGGUGACACAGCCGGUGCUGUGCCCAGGCCUGACGCCCUGGCCCGGAUCGGGAGGGAGGACGAGCUCUGCGUCACGGAUGUUCAGCAGCCCCCGCAGACUCACGUCCCGGGCAGCCAGAAGCCCCCGCAGACAGUUGUCCCAGAUGGUCAGAAGCCCCCGCAGACACCAGAAGAGACGAAACAGAAGGAAGAGGCUUUGGGAGAAGAUAAAGUCCCCACAGAAGGUGACGCAGAACUCCCCAUCCUGGUGAUGAACGUCAUGUCCCUGAGCGCGCAAAAAGCGGAGCCGGGCGGGGAAGAUGAGCCCGAGGCGGAGAUGGAAGAGGACCCGGCGGAGUCCAGCGCCGAGGAAAGCUUUUUGAUGGAAAACGAAAUCCCACGCGAAGCGGCUCCUCCUGAAAAAGUCGAGGUGAAGGAAGAGGACCCCGAGGCGCUGCAAGAGGUUUCUGCGUCUUCUGCCGGCUCAGAGAUCCAGAAGUGCCCCAAAAGCGAGCAGCCCAAGGCCAGGAGCAAGAAGAAGCCGAGCAGGUGUGAGAGCAGCAGCCUGCUCAUGGGCAGCUGCCGGCGCGGCUACGUGCGCGAGUGGUCGCACCCCUGCACCGAGUGCGGGAAGCGCUUCCGCCUCAAAAUCAACCUCAUCAUCCACCAGCGGAGCCACGCCAAGGAGGGGCCCUACGAGUGCGCCGUGUGCGAGAUCAGCUUCGCCGACAAACGCCACCUGGACCUGCACCAGAGCAUCCACGUGCAGGACAGGGCGUUCGGGGCCAAGGUCUGGGGGAACGUCCACCCGGAGCUGAGGAUCCGGCCGAGGAGGAGGUUGUGCAGGGAUUUCUGCGGAGGCUCCCACAGCCCGGGCAACGGGCACUACGCUGGGGGGACCUGGCUGGGCCAGAUCAAGGAGGAGCCGGACAAGGGGAGACUGUCCGGCGCGUGUGUCUCCCAGCAGCAGAGUCCCAAGUCUCAGACGAGGCCUGCGUUGAAGUGCAGGCUCUGCAAAAAGAUCCUCUCUUGCCCCUUCUCCCUGCGGCGGCACCUGCAGACCCACGCGCGGGACCGGCCCUAUUGCUGCAGCACCUGCGAGAAAAGCUUCAGCCGCAGAACUCACCUGGAACGCCACGAGAAGAUCCACGAGCGCCAGAAAGGCCCGGCCACCCUCCCGCAGCCCGCGGCCCUCGUGCCGGCGCCACGGCAGCCCCAGCCGCAAAGAGACCUGCGGGUUCCCCGCUCGCCAGCCCAGGCGGCCGAGAGAAGCGUCGGCCCCGCGGCCAGAACGCUCCUGCUCAGUCCCGCGGAGCUCAGGUUGCUGGACAAGAGCUGCCACGCGCACGGCUGGGCCGGGAGAACCACCCAGCCUGUGGUCAGACUGGGAACCAGGGCGGUGGUUUCGGCGCUGAUGGAGAAAUGACAACGGGAGAGAUCCCGGCUGCUUGUGUCCCUGGAAGGAAACUGAGCGUUGAUGUUGCACAGGGUGGGGCACGGGGGUUGCGAACCGUCUGGCCACUGGAUUUGAGGAGCUUCCCGGAAUUGUAGGAGGAAUCAGAACCUUGGAUGCCGCCACAGAAACCGCAGAAGGCUCCGGUGAUCAAAACCGCUUUAGCAUUCCUCAGACUGUGGUGUCUGCUGGCUGAUACACGACACUUUCCAGGCCCGGCUUCCUGGGAGACCCCGGGCGCCGCUGCAGCCCAGCCAGGGCAGCCGCCAGCAGCGGCCGCGCUCACCCCUCGCUCCAUGCGGAGCUGAGCCCUCGCGUGUGGAAAUACAGGGCGGAGAGAGAGAAGGGAACGGGGCCGGCGAGCCGGGUGGCAUUCCCAAGGAGCUCUUCGCUUCACUGACCAAGUUUCUCGACCAAGACACUGGAUGAAGAGAGCGCGGCACCUCAGAGACCCCCAGCGCGCCUGUUUGAUGACCCGCCCGGGGAGGAGGCGUGCUGCGCCCCUCCAUCAGGCUGGGAGCCGCUGGGCGUUGCACGGGAAGGUGUGUACAAUAAAUCAAGCCACAACAUUCUGUGUUAGCGAGGGCGCCGCGGGCGUUUCCAAGGCCCCCGCUCCUUCCUCCAGCGAGACCAACCCAGGAGAGCCAGCGACACCCCGGGGGAGCUCCCGCGGCACCGCACAGAUGGGGGUCGCUGCAGCAGUGCUUCGCGGUGACGUUGGCCCCGCGCCGCUGCAGCCGCCCCGCCGGGACCCUCCCGCCGCUCGGGCGCCUGGAACGCGGGAGCAGCCCCCGCUCUGCACCGCACGUCACCUCCAUCCCCCACGCGCAGAAUCCCCCACAGCCAUCCCACGCAGACUCGUUCUGCUCGCUACCUCAGUCGCUGGCGGAGUGAGAGCGGCACGGCGCGGCGGCAGGCGGUAACCGCGGCCCGGCGAGCGAUGAACCAGGCCAGGCUCCGGCGUCCCCGGGAGCCACCCAACCCACGCGUGUCCUGCGUGUGUCACACGUGCCGCUGAGAAGCGUGAAUCGUGUACAGAGAGAGGAGCGAGCUCCUGGCGGCAUCGCCGUGCAGACCAACCCGAGCGGCUCUUCAGACGCUUCGAGUUUGAUUUUCCGGGUGUGUUUUUUUUUCAUUGAGUUGUUUGGUGUAAUUAGUUAUUGUCAUCCCCGAGUCCCUGUCCCUCUCCAGGCAGGGAGGUGCGGAACCGGUUUGUUCAUGGGACUGUUCCAAAGGCGCAGGGGCUGCGGGGCGGCUGUUGGCGCAGCAUCGCUUCGGGUGCUGAGCAAAUGCCCGCGUGCUGUGCGGUGCCGCCCCCAACGCCGAGCGGUGCCCCGCGGGAGGGACAGCAGCGUCAGGGCUGCUCCUGGGGACACACACGACGUCCCGCUGCUCCUCUGGGCGCGGUUCUCAGUCGCCUCCUCUCCCCUGCGGCGCACUGUGCCCGGACUGGCGGCGGCUGCGAGGGGCGACAGCUCAGCUCUGUGUCCCCAAAGGGACGGCGCUGCCUCCACCAAGCCCUGUGGGACGCUGGGCAAUCCAUGACUUGGAGGUGCGGUGAUGGUGGGUCUGGCAGCGCCGUGCUCUGGCACAGCAGGACUGCAGUGACUGAGCUGCCUGUCCCUGCCCGGGGAGAUCCCAGCGCCCCCCCGUUGAUCCCAGUGACACGAGUGGGCCGGUGUGAUGGUCUUGCCAGUGGGCCAGCGUGGGUGGCGUGGGGGGCCGACUGCCCCGGCCAGGGUGUUUCUUCUGAAGCUGCUGUGACUGGGACCAGCGUCUCCUGUGAACCCCCAGAUCCCUUUCUCAGGCUGUGGAAUCAAUAAAGUAUUUGUACACGU